UUUUUUUUUUAAAGGGUCGGUGGUGAGUUUCAGCGGGAAAUGCCGAAGGUUAGAGCGGCUAGAAGUGGCCCGGAGCCCCGGAACCUGGCCUUGGCCGAUCAGAUCCUGCAGGGAGCCGCCGUCAAAGCCGUCAGCCGCAUCAAGAAGCGGGGCCGGGGCCGGGGCCGCGGGCAGGGGCCGGGGCCGGAGGCCGAGGAGGAUGAGUACGUCGAUGAGAAGCUGUCCCGCCGGAUCCUGGAGCAGGCCAGGAUUCAGCAGGAGGAGCUGGAGGCAGAGCACGGGGUCGGCAAGAGGAAGGGAGGCGAGAGAGCCCAAACCACGGUCCUGGGCACAAGUUCAAAAGGUCAAGGUCCGGACUCUGACUCAGAUGAUGAAUGGCCGACGCUGGACAGAGCUGCAGCAAUCGCAAAGGAAGGGUAUUGUGAGGAGGUCAUCGUGAGCCCUGAGGAUGAAAAGGCAAUUGAUAUGUUCAUGAGCAAAAAUCCACCACUGAGGCGUACUCUUGCUGACAUCAUUAUGGAGAAGAUCACAGAGAAGCAGACGGAAGUGGCGACAGCCAUGUCUGAAUUCUCUGGCCGGCCUAUGCCUCAGCUUGACCCCAGAGUCCUGGAAGUGUACAAGGGAGUUCGUGAGGUAUUGUGUAAGUAUAGGAGUGGGAAACUUCCGAAAGCCUUUAAGAUUAUCCCGGCGUUGUCAAACUGGGAGCAGAUCUUGUACAUCACUGAACCAGAGACCUGGACAGCAGCAGCCAUGUAUCAGGCAACAAGGAUCUUUUCCGCCAAUUUGAAGGCAAGGAUGGCACAGAGAUUCUAUAACUUGGUGCUUUUGCCUCGAGUGAGAGAUGAUAUUGCAGAAUACAAACGCCUGAACUUUCACCUUUAUACUUCCUUGAAAAAAGCACUUUUCAAACCUGGAGCUUGGUUUAAAGGUAUUCUACUUCCCUUGUGUGAAUCCGGCACAUGCACACUAAGAGAAGCUAUCAUUAUCGGUAGCAUUCUGACAAAAUGCUCUAUCCCAGUUCUGCACACCAGUGCUGCAAUGCUGAAGAUUGCAGAAAUGGAAUAUAAUGGAGCAAACAGCAUCUUCCUUCGACUGAUGAUUGACAAGAAGUACGCACUUCCCUUCCGAGUUAUUGACGCUUUGGUGUUUCACUUUCUGCAGUUCAGGACUGAUAAGCGAGACCUGCCUGUAUUGUGGCACCAGUGUCUGCUUACCUUUGCCCAACGAUAUAAGGAGGACCUGUCCUCUGAACAGAAAGAGUCAUUGCUGGAACUGCUGAGAAUCCACUGCCAUUCACAGAUUUCACCUGAGAUCAGGCGGGAACUUGUCAACUCCAAGUCGAGGGAUGUAGAAGUGGGAAUGACAGCGGAGUGACUUUGUGUCUCAGUUUUGACCGAUUUAUGUAUUUUUGUGUGAAUAAAUACCUGGAUUUGAA